GCGGCAAUGGAGUUAUCCAGCUUUACCGCGAGCUCUCUCGCGGCGCCUGCGGCGGCGAUGGGCCUCCUCGCGAAGAGCCCCAAGAUGAUCAAUCACAGGUAUGCCUGGGAUAUGCGACCGCAGCAUCGAUCUUCUGAAAGGCUACUAUCUCCGGCUUGUUUGACGAUGUUCAACAAGCAUUGUUCAAAACGAAUCAACCAUAAAUCUUUCAGUGUGCUUCGUGCAGUAUCUCCGGUACAAUGUACAGUAAAUAACACGCAGUCGUCAAUAUCUUUCAAAGAUUUUCUUGUUUCUGUGCAAACUGAGGAGGAUGGACUGAUAAAGAUACGAGUAACUGUAGAUGACACAAUGACAGAUUCUUUCUUUGAGAAAGUUUUUUUAAAGAAACUUGUUGCAGCACAGCCACUUCCUGGCUUUCGACGAAUGAAAGGAGGAAAAACUCGAGAUAUACCAAAAGAUAUUGCUCUGCACAUAAUUGGGCCAUCAAAAGUGAAGAAAGAAUCCAUCAAGAAUAUCAUCAGCUUCACAAUUGCUGAAUAUGUUCAAAAGGAGGGCCUCAGUGCAUCGAAAAAUCUGAAAGUUCUACAAAGCUAUGAAGAGCUUGAAGCCGCAUUUGAACCUGGAAAAGAGUUUUGCUUUGAUGCAAGUCUUCGUCUACAGUAGGUUUAGCGGUCAAGGUAGUGCCAUUAGAGAUGAUCAGAUGACCCCCUGAGUUUCCAGCUGCUAAUCAUUUGUAAUGAUUAGCAGCUGGAAACCUGCCAAACCUGUAAUCUAGAUUCAAGCUAACCCUUGUAACCGUGUUAAUCGAUGCAAAGAGCAAAGUUACCUGGCUAUCUGUAUUCUUGAAAGAAGCGACAUGUUUUUAGAUGUAAUUUUGCUUGCAAUCCCUAUCAGGGUGUAUAUGUACUACCUCUGUCCCCAAAUUAAAUUAUGAAGAUGAACUUAUUUCGGAAUU